AUGGAACAGCUAGUCACAUUUCUAACGGGUCUGCCCGCCCUACCGAUAUUUGAAGAGAAGAUCAACCCAUUUUUGAGUUCCCAUAACUUGAUCUCCUCUCAGUCCGUUCUAGACAACUUACAUACCGUGCUGUAUAUUGCAGUGUUUUACCACAUUGUAUAUCUAAUUGGUGCGUGGGCUGUCUUCCCUAUCCCAUCCAAAUGGAAAGUCAAUUACGAUGAGACCCACGCCAAGGAUGAGGAAGCGCGGUUGCACAUUCAGAGACAUAAGCAUAAGAAAGUGAAGCAUCUGUCCAUUCAGGCGUCUAUCCAUUUUAUCUCGUUCCUGCAAACCGUCGUCGUCCUGUACCUGUCCUUCGUAUUCUUUUUGGACCGGAAAGUGUCCGGGUCCGAAAGUUAUCCAGACUCUGACGCGCGUAUCUUCGGUGAAUGCCGUGAGACCCAACUCGUCUGCAUGUUUGGAUGCGGGUAUUUUAUCUGGGAUGCGUACAUAUCCGCAUGUCACUCCACUUUCCCCUUUUUCGUGCACGGCGUAGUCUCGACUGCCGCGUACUACAUCGGACUCAAGCCGUAUCUACAGUACUACGCACCCGUGUUUCUCAUGUUCGAGCUUUCCAACCCGUGUCUGAACAUCAGGUGGUUUGGGCUCAAGUUUUUCCCACAGGAAAGCAAGGUCUGCAACCUGAUCUUGCUUUUGAACAACCUGCUGCUGAUGACCAUUUUCUUCUUUGGCAGAAUCCUGUGGGGCUGGUACCAGACGUUCAUGCUGUGCUACGACUUCUACAACGUCCGCAACGACCCACGGUUUAUGUUGUGGGACACAGUCAUUGUGGUCACUUGCAACUUGACAAUUGAUCUGCUCAACGUCAUCUGGUUCUCCUCCAUGGUAUCCAUUGCCGUUAAAGUCUUAACUGGGACCAAAACCGUCCAAAAUGAAAAGAAGACUCAAUGA